AUGCUACUCAACGUCACAUUUCUGAAGUUGUUCGCUGUCACGACUGCUACACUGCUAGUAACGUCCGUUGUCGUCGUGAUUCUAUCUCAAGUACACCAUUGGUACAGGCAAUAUCAUCUGCGUAACAUCCCGGGACCUGCAUCCCAGUCGUUUGCAUACGGUAACCUCCGACAGGUAUUUAGCCUGCACGGUUGGGAGUUUCACAAAUCCAUGGUCCAGAAAUAUGGAAGGGUGACCAAAAUCUGGGGAUUCUUUGGCGACGCUCAGCUCCACAUCGGAGACCCGAAGGCCCUGUACAAUAUUCUGAUAAAGGAUCAGGAUGUUUUCGAAGAGACAGACGCAUUCAUCGAGGCUAAUAAGAUAUUCUUCGGUCCGGGAUUAUUGGGAACACUCGGCACCCUCCAUCGCCGCCAGCGGAAGCUCCUUGUUCCUAUUUUCUCGGCCAAUCACAUGCGGUAUAUGAUACCGGUAUUCUAUAAAAUCACGCACCAGCUUCAUGAUAUUCUGCAGACCAAGUUAGCCAACGGUCCGCAGGAGAUCGAUGUCAAGGAAUGGAUGACACGCGUUGCGCUAGAGAUCGUAGGCCAGAGCGGACUCGGAUACUCCUUCGAGACGCUCGACGAAACGAAAUCAAACCAAUAUGCGGCAGCAGUCAAGAUGCUCUUCCCGGCCUUUGGGGCAAUUCCGAUCUUACGACAGAUCCUUCCAUAUGUGUGCAAUAUCGGCACCCCUUCCUUCCGCCGCUGGGCCGUACGGUUCUUGCCCUCGAAAAAUGUACAGCUCUUGAUCAAGGCUACCAAAGCCAUGGAUGAGACGUCGAAGAAAAUAUUCUACCUCAAGAAGGCGGCAUUGGAGAAGGGAGAUGACACAGUUGUUCAACAGAUCGGUGAAGGCCGGGAUAUUAUGAGUGUUUUGAUGCGAUCGAAUCUGAACGCUCAUGAGGCCGACCGUAUGCCCGACUACGAGUUACUUGGGCAGAUGUCAACUUUAGUUUUCUCCGCGAUGGACACGACGUCUUCCGCAUUGUCUCGCAUCAUGUUGCUAUUGUCUCUGAAUCCUAAGGUCCAGGAUAGGCUGCGUCAAGAGUUAAUUGACGCUCGAAAGGAGUACGGUGGUGACCUCGACUACGACGACCUCCAUGCGCUUCCAUAUCUGGAGGCUAUCUGUAGGGAAACUCUUCGCGCCUAUCCACCGAUAACUCAAACUCCCAGGAUCGCACGCAAAGACGCAAUGCUCCCGUUGAGCACACCCAUCAGGGCCAACGAUGGCAGUACUAUCAACGAGAUUCUCAUCCCAAAGAACUCGACCGUUUUUGUCGCCAUUCAGACGUUAAACACGGACCCACUCAUAUGGGGUCCCGAUGCGACCGAGUGGAAGCCUGAGCGAUGGCUCUCGCCCCUUCCGGAGAGCGUCAUCAAUGCGCACAUUCCAGGCGUAUACUCGAACAUGUUGACAUUUUUGGGGGGCGGAAGAGCUUGCAUUGGCUUCAAGUUCUCGCAAAUGGAGAUCAAGAUCAUACUGUCCCUCUUGAUACCCAGCUUCCGCUUCUCAACCACCGACAAGACGACUGACUGGCUAAUGGGAGCAGUAUCAUCCCCAGUCAUCUCCGGAAGCAUGAAACCUUCUAUGCCAUUGAUACUUACGCCUAUAAAUCCUGAAGCGUAG